GAGGUUAUAUUUUUGUUUUGAUCUGUGGUCGCAGUCAAAAAUUGUUGAUUAAGUUUAUUUUCAUUCUCUGUCAAAUUUGUUUUUUAAUGAAGUAUGUUUCCUUGUCCCCCUAAAGUAUUGCUCAUUUGCUCUGAAAUUUUGUGAAGUCCUCAAUUUUUCCUCGAAGUAAAAAUGUAUUUCUACAGCUGAGAAGCAGGGUUCCUUCCAAAAGGGAACCAAGACGUACGUACCUAGGCCAUUUGAAUGGACCGAGGUAAUAAUCUCCGGGGUAGAGGUCAAAAUAGUAACCCUCGUGGAAGAGGAAAUGCAUCAAGAGGUGAUUGGUAUCGUGGCAGGAAUGGAAAAUGGAUGAACCGUAACUGGAGAGGAGGUGGAGGUAGGAGUAGAGGAGGCAGAGCAGGCGGGUCUUUUGCUAGAAACAACAGUGGAGGAGGAAAUAAUUUUGAUGGCAGAAGGAGAAACAAUGGUGGAUCCAGUGGUAGUGAAGAAGAUGCAGAUGAUCCUGGUAUGCCCUCACAAAAUGAAGUCACUACUAUUCAGGGUAACUUGGUUAAUACUGUUCAAGUAAAUACAGGACCAUAUAAAGGCUGGAAAUUAUAUUUUCCUGAAGAGGCAUAUCGUGAUGGAAAUCCAACAGUGCACAAAAUCAAGGUUUUCGAGCUCUACAUUCAGAAGAAUAAGCAGUUUUAUUCGCCCUCAAAUAUUCAGAAUCAGAAAGCAUUUCCCGUCGAUGUUAAAAGUCUUAUAGCUGACGAGGAGUUUUUAGGAGAAUGGUCCAGUUUUAAUGAUGAGUUGACAAACAAUCCAGAGCAUGUUUUGAAUAGCCUUAGCCUUGCUAUGCACCAGUAUGUUUUGGAGGAGCUUGAGAAGAAAUUGGAAAGUGAGGUUGAUGAAAAAGUUGAUGUACAACUGCCCACCAUUCGAGCUCGUGUAUCCAAUUUUGAGCCGUUGAUUCUUUUGAAAAAUCUAAAAGCAAACUAUUACGGUAAGUUGGUUAGUAUUAAAGGAACUGUAAUCCGUGUAGGAAAUACUAAACUUCAAGCUACCUGGUUAGCAUUUAAAUGUUCUGGUUGUGAAGGAGUACAGAGUGUGAGACAACCUGAGGGGUCCAUCGUGCAGCCUACACAGUGCCCAGAGAAGACUUGCAGAAGUAGAUCUUUCACUCCUCUUCAAGAUUCAAGCCAUACCCAGACAGUAAAUUGGCAGCUGAUACGACUUCAGGAAAUUUUGUCUGAUGAUCAGCGAGAAGGAGGUCGUGUUCCCCGAACUGUUGAGUGUGAACUCACGGAAGAUUUAAUCGAAUCAUGCGUUCCUGGAGACCUCAUCUCUUUAACAGGAAUUGUGAAGGUUCGAAACACAGAAGAAUCAAUGAAAAAAGGCAAAACUCCCAGCACAUUCCAGCAAUAUAUUAAAGUUGUUUCGGUAGUAAAUGAGAAGAGCAAUUCACAAAAUGCCCGUAAUUCAAGCACCUCUGGAAUGGUUUUUGAUAUCAAAGACUACUAUGCAAUUCAAGAAAUUCAUUCAAAUAAACACUUAUUUCGACUAUUAGUUCAUUCCCUAUGCCCAACAAUUUACGGACAUGAAAUGGUGAAGGCUGGAUUACUCCUUGCAUUGUUUGGUGGCGCAUUGGACGGCCAAGGUACAAGAGGUAAUCCACAUAUUCUUGUCGUUGGUGAUCCAGGUCUCGGCAAAUCCCAGAUGCUUCAUGCUUGUGUCUCAGUUGCACCCAGAGGUGCAUACGUUUGCGGUAACACAAGUACAACUUCUGGUCUAACGGUAACUUUAUCAAGAGAAGGUGGCGGUGAUUUUGCCUUGGAAGCAGGAGCUUUGGUUCUGUCUGAUCAGGGUUGCUGUUGCAUUGAUGAAUUCGAUAAAAUGUCUUCCCAACAUAAUGCUUUACUUGAAGCAAUGGAGCAGCAGUGCGUGAGUAUCGCUAAAGCUGGUGUAGUGUGUUCUCUUCCUGCGAGGACGUCUGUCCUUGCCGCAGCCAACCCGGUUGGUGGCCAUUACAAUAAGUCAAAGACUGUAGCUGAGAACUUAAAACUAGGCAGUGCUCUCCUCUCAAGAUUUGACCUGGUAUUUAUUCUUCUUGAUCAGCCCAAUGAGCUCCUUGAUAGUUUACUCUCUGAACAUGUCAUGGCAAUGCAUUCAAAAGGAAAACCAGAACCUGGGUUAUUAAUUCUGACCAAUCCAGAUGGGACGCCAAACCAGUCGCUAGAUGGAGGAUCUGGUGUUCUAAGUUCAAGUUUAAGAAUGGUUGAUCAGUCACUAGAACCGGUUCCACAUCAUCUCCUGCGAAAAUAUAUAGCUUAUGCUCGGAAGUAUGUCACGAAUCCAGUUUUAUCCAAAGAAGCUCGUUCUGUCCUUCAAACAUUUUAUCGUGAAUUAAGAGGACGAUACCAACCUGCAGAUGCCACCUUGGUCACAACUCGGCAGUUAGAAUCUUUAAUUCGUUUGACACAGGCUCGAGCAAAAGUUGAGUUGCGUGAAGAGGCAACUGCGCGAGAUGCUAUGGAUGUCGUUGAACUGAUGAGGUGGAGUUUGAUUGACAACACGAGUGCUAUUGAGUUCCAACGCAGUGGCUCCGGUCAGAAAACAAGGAGCAAGGCAAAGCAGUUUAUUCGAGCGCUUGAACAGUAUGCAGAGCAUCAAUCAAAGAAUAUCUUCUCUGUGAAAGAAAUGAAAAGUUUUGCCCAAAAUAUUUCGAUGGAUACAACUGACUUUUACUCUUUUAUCAGUAACUUGAACACAAACGGGUUUUUACUGAGUAAAGGAAAUAACAUGUAUCAACUAGCAACUUGUGGCUAAGUUCUAGUUUUUUUGUUGCACCCUGAUCCAUCCAUCAAGUUUCUCAUGGAAUAAUUAAUGUAAUCCCAGCAAAUUUAAUUUCCCAUCUUAAAAUAGAGGUAAUGUCAGUAAGUGGAAAGUGAAACUUCUUCACAAACGCCUUACCUAUUAUUAAAAGUCUUUAAAUGUUGCCAACACCCUUUUACUGUCUCUCAUUUACGGUGACUUAGGGCUAGUUCUAUCAUCUCUGGUCAAACCACUAGUCAUGUUUGACGAGAUGACAAACACAAAAAUUUAAAUCCUGGUCUCUGAUUGGCAAGUGUGGCAGUCAACCGCACAAGCUCAUCCAUCAAUUCCUUUUAUUUCUUUUGUUCUUUUCAAGUAUUGUGCGUGACCUAUAGCGACAUCUUGUAAAACCGAUUUUCAACCGAUUAUUGCAUGGAGUAGAUUAAAGCUUUAGAGGUAAUGCGGCCAAAGUUGGUAGCAUUUUGUUGCUGUUUUUCAAACUAAAAUAACAAAUUUAACUGUAGGCUAAAUGUGACUAACAAAUGAUGAUAGAACGGAUUCUAUUUUGACAAGAGGAUAAGUGCAUGAUUCCUGGUCACGUAUCUAGCAGAUUUGACUAGAGAUGACAGAACUAGUCCUUAGUGCCCAACAAAUGGUAACUCUGUUCAUACGAGUAGAACUAAAAUAAGGGUUGGUUACUAGGUAAAAAUUUCAUGAAAUAGAGGCGUUUGAGUGCUUACUUAAUAAGUAAAAAUAAUAAAAUGUCUAAAAAUUGGUAGUCAUAAUCGCUGAUUUCUAAGAUCGCUUUGAUCUGCAGAGCUUUUGAGCAAUGCUUCUUUAAAUUGUUUCCAACUCAAGACGAUAUUUCCAUUAUAUCUAUAGAAAAAAGUGAUUGUUUCAGCUAUUUUGAGUCCUCAUAAAAGAAUAUAGUUCCCAUAAACUAUUUUUAUUUAUUUGUUUGUACAUUUAUAUAUAUUUUAGUAAGUAUGUAAAAUUUUCUCAGUUGAUAAAAAUGAGGGCUGUGUAUUAGGUAUUACAAUUCUUUUUUAAACAAUAAGUGUAUAAUAUUUUGUUUUUUGAUACAAAUAAAAUCAGCAAAUCAA